UUCGUCGUGUGCGGACGUCUCUCGCGUCGCGUCCUCGUGUUAUUGUGAAUUGUAUGUGAAAUGUUUUAAGGUUAAAUUAACUUGAGUGUUCAGUUAAAUUCUAAAGUCGUAUCAAUGAUGGGUGUAAGCAGUUGUAUGAGCGUGCGGCAGUCUCGGGGCUCCUGCCAUUGCCCCGCGUGCCCCAGGGCUUCGGGGCACGGCGCUCAAAUGCCGCCCCAGACCCUAGUGUUGCCCCCGAUGGCUCUAGAGCCUGAAAUAACGCCCGUGAAGGAUAAGAAAGGAUCAAAGAUGAAAGUUCUGAAAAAGAUUAAAAAGAAAAUUGGACUCGCUCCCCGCAGCGCGUGCUCGGGCGGCGCACCCAACAAUCUGCCGCCACUGACGUUCCACGCGGUGCACGGAGACAACGUGCGGGUGUCCCGAGACGGCAGCACCGCCCGCCGCGUGGAGUCCUUCUGCAAGGGCGUGGCCUUCAGCGCGCGCCCCGUGCGCCUCAACGAGAAGGUGUGCAUUCGCUUCGUGGACAUAUCAGACAGUUGGAGCGGCGUCAUUCGUUUUGGGUUCACGUCCCACAACCCAGCCACUCUGCCGCACCCGCUCCCUAAGUAUGUUUGCCCGGACCUCACCAACAAACCAGGCAACUGGGCCAAAGCACUCGGAGAAAGAUUCAGUGAGAAGGACAAUCUGCUCUUCUACUACGUCACGUCCGCUGGAGAAGUCCACUUCGGCAUCAACGGAGAAGAUAAAGGACUAUUUUUCUCUGGUGUGGACACGCGAAAUCCAUUAUGGGCUCUAGUGGACGUUUAUGGAAACUGUACGGCCAUACAAUUCACGGAUCCAAGGAGCCUUUACCAGAGCAGACAGAUCAGUCCAGUCGUAGAAGAGGAUAGGCUUGUUGAAAACAUGAGAUCGUUAGCUGUAGAAGAAGCUUUGCCUCCGCCGAGAUACAAGAAUCCGUUAGUGCCGUUGAACCUCCACAGAAUGACGGGCAGAAAUGUACAGUUUGUUAACGAAAGGGGAGUAGCGGCCAGAAUAGAUGCAGAGUUCUGUCACGGCUACGUGUUUACUGCUAGACCAAUGAGACCCGGUCAAACUAUUGUCGUCCAGAUUUUGUCUACGGAGCCGGCUUACGCUGGCAGCCUGGCUAUUGGUCUGACGUCAUGCGACCCGGGUACACUACGGCCGUACGACUUACCUGAUGACGCAGAACAACUUCUGGACCGGCCGGAGUACUGGGUGGUGAGACGAGACGCAGCCAACGGCUUGAGACGAGGCGACGAAUUGGCCGUCACGUUGACUGUAGACGGCGAGGUGCGCGUCAGUAGGAACGGAUCCACUCCCAUGACUGUGAUGCACGUGGAUCACACCUUGAGGCUUUGGGCGUUCGUGGACAUUUAUGGAGCGACGCAGAGGGUCAGAAUGCUGACGUGCCAGAGUGUGCAGACUCCGCCGCAGCUACGCCUGGUGAGCUCCGCGGCGCCGAUAGCGAACACCAACGGAGGAACCGUCCUGGUGGUCAGUCUUCCGCCACAGAAUGGCGGCCAGAAUGUUGCUAAUCAAGCUUUGACGCUGGCCAGCGCGCACUAUAUCGAGCCAAUACAGUCUUCAUCCCAAGUGUGCGUUACGAACAUGUCGAUACCGAACCAGCAAACGUGCGCGGCCCCCUACCAACGAUCCAGAGAAGUGUGCUCGGCCAGUCAGAACAACUCGAACGAACAAGUGUUAAUACCCAACGGGCACACGGAGCUAAGACUGGAGAGGAUUCCCAACGGACCAUCUACAAGUCGAACCAGCCACCAGCCCAUAUACUCGGUGAUCGGGGAGGGACUCACGGGAACUGAGUGCACCAUUUGUUAUGAGAACCCCAUAGACAGUGUGCUGUACAUGUGCGGACAUAUGUGUAUGUGCUAUCGGUGCGCCGUGCAGCAGUGGAGGGGGAAGGGCGGCGGCCAAUGUCCGCUCUGUCGGGCCCAGAUCAAAGAUGUCAUCCGCACUUACAAGUCGUGAUCUGUCAACUGUCACAAAUGACACACCUGUCCACUGUCAACGUCAUACUGACAGACACUCGCGGCAAAGAGACCCAGACAAUAUGCCAAAAACGUUAAUGUACAUAGUGUCGGUUAUUAAUUCGAUGACGUAAUAAUUAUCGGGAGUCCAUGACUUAUAGAAUAUAAUAUAUGAGCUAGUUCUAAGUAUGUAUAAGACUAACAAUAAUCCACAAAGACAAUCGAAAUAAUCGUGUAUAAAGUAUUAUUUAUAGAGUAGGAUUUAAACAAGGAAUGACCGUGUUACAUUGAAUGUGAUUGGAGGGCUGUAUGGCGCUGCAUUUGCCUUUUUGAAAUGAAAAAAAAAAUGUGUAUCUAUGGCCAGUAAACGUCAAAUAUUUUAGUUUUUAAUGUAUGACCUCUUAACUUCUAGGUGUUUUAUUCGUUUGACGAUGAUAUAUGUAUAAAUGGAGGUGCCGUGCGCUUCCUUGUGACAAUUUCCAUGUAUUAUCAACACUUAUUAUCAAAUCUUACAUGACAUAUUUCCGAAGCAGUAAGGAUAAUUAUUUAUUUCAACACUGACAAUUACUUGAAUAAUAGAUAUACAAGAUUCUUUUAUUACUUUAACUUAGUGACAUUGACAUGACAUUUGUGUUCAAUAUUUUUUUUUUAUAAAAUUUAUAGAAAUUGAUUUUAAAAUCAAUUCGUAAUUAAAUUACUGGUUUUUUUUUUAAAUAAUUACCUAGUUUUUUAUUUAUACCAAAAUAUCUGGUUCUGUGAGCCGAAAUAGCAUGUGUUUAUUAAUUAUGUAGUAGAUAUUUAGUUUUUAUUGGUGAUUCAAUGCGAUCAAAAUUGUACUAAAACCUCUGUAAUAACUUGUAACAGAAAUUAUAGAUGUCAUCCGUUUAGAUAUCACUUAUACAGACAGACAUAACACUAUUAUACUAAAACGAAACGUUAAUUACGUUUUAAGUGAAGUUAACCAAUUCUAUUUGUGGUUCAUCGUGAAGCAAAACAAAAAAAAUAUGUAAGAUAUAGAUAUAUAUUUGUAUUUCAUAAAAAAAACGUGGUCCACUAAUCAAAUUGGUUGACAAUUAAGUAAACUGCUAGACGCCCCAAACUGUAGACGUCAUAUCAACGUCACAACCAAUAUUACUGAUGACUGUUAUUUAGACUGCGACUCCAUUCGUCCUAAUUAAGUGAUUUAAUGCAUUUAUAUAAUAAUAUAAUCUAAUUGCCGAAAUGAAUAGUUCCUAAACUAGUAAUGAUAGUAUGGCAACAUUGAAAAUAGUAGUCUUGGACUUAAAAAAAAUUUACAGUUAUAAAUUUAAUAUUCAAUUACCGAGACAAUAAUGUUAUCACCCUGGCUAAAAUCAAUAAUUGAAAAAAGAAAAUACAAUCUCCACCCUUGAUUCCUAUUUUUUAUUUUCUCUACUAAUCUCUCAAUAUUUUUUUUUAAUUUCUUUCAUGACCCUGGAUGCUAGUCCUUCAGUCAAAUAAUUAAAUGGUCUUCACUUCCAAUUUAAAAAGGUGUUGCCAUACUUUCUUAUACUAGUGCCGAGAUUGCAAUCGAUACAAUAAUCUGAUAUUUAGUGUGUGACAACAUAGAUGCAACUCUAUGGUUUGUCGCAAAUGCUAAAAAUUGUAGAUUUAACAAUUAUUAUCGAGCGCAACGUUUCAAUUGAAAUAUGAAAUGUCAAACGCUUCGUACUGGAAUUGAUUUAUUGAAGUGAAUUUGUAUUUUAUUAUAGCACAGAAUUAUUAUGAAAAGAUUUUUUUUUUUUAAUUAUGUAAAUUAAGUGACAUUUAUUUGCGAGUAGCUAGCUCGGGUGUUAAAUAUGUUAACAACUAGAUAUUUUUUCAUAAUACUUCUGUUUAGUAAUUAAUAUAUUAUUAUAAACAUUAAUUAUACUUCAUACUUAUUAAUAUUCUGUUUGCUCAAAAUAGUUUUCAUAUCAUUCUAUCUCGAAACCUAAACAUAUCUUUUAAAACUUUAGCACUGCAUUUAUUGUAUUAUUUCCUACCUUACUCAUUCCCAAUAUUACCAAUUACUACCAAACGCUACCGCCAGUUUUUGUAUUAUUGUAAGAGCGUUAUUUUGUAUUUGUUCGAUUGUAAAUUAUAUUUAUUCGAUAGUAUUAAGGUCGGUACAGUUUUAUAGAAUUAUUUAAAUUGUAAGUAAAACAACUUGAGGCCGUAUGUGGCCUUUGGAUUACUGCUACCGACUGUGGCGGGAAAUUAACAUUAAAUUAAUAACAGGAACAAGAAAAAAAAUGUAAACAAUACUGUGUAACAAAGAAUUAAUACAGUUGAAUUUAUUGUAAUUUCAAAUAAAUGCGAAAUCAAUAAAUUUUCUACCACAGUAGCAAGUUGCCUUCCGUCGAAUUUUAUACCAAAACAGUGUGACCAGUAAUAAAAUUUCCCAAUUUUGAACCAAAUCUUGCGUAUUGCGGGUGGUACACAGUUUUUGCUGCAAAUUGUUAAACUCUAAUUUGGAAAGUGUGUAUCGACGUAAUUAUUUGUGAUAGUUUUUUUUAAGUUUUUUUUAUUCGGUCCCUGUACAGCGUUGUCAUCUAGUCGUUAAUAAUUUAUUUCUUAUCGAUUUAUUAAAAGCCUUUUAGAUUAAGUUCCAAAUAAAAUGUUUAUUGAAGAAA